GCCGGCGCAGGCGCAGGCCCGGGCGCACCGCCCCGCCGCCGGACUACGGCUCCCGUCGUGCUCGGGGGCGGCGCGGGGCUGCUGGUCGCGGCUGAGGGAGCUGGGUCGCUGCCGCCGCCCGGAUUUGGGUGAGAAUAAGAAUUGGGUUUUGAAGGGUUUGAGCAACUUGCUACUGCCCAAGUCAUGACACUCCCAUUUCGAAAGGACUUGGACAAGUACAAAGAUCUUGAUGAGGAUGAAAUUCUUGGCAAACUUUCAGAAGAAGAACUGAAACAACUUGAAACUGUUUUGGAUGAUCUUGACCCUGAGAAUGCACUUCUGCCUGCAGGCUUCCGCCAGAAAGACCAGACUGCUAAAAAGGCUUCAGGUCCCUUCGACAGAGAACGACUCCUGGCAUAUUUAGAGAAGCAGGCUCUUGAGCACAAAGACAGGGAAGACUAUGUGCCUUUUACAAGAGAAAAGAAAGGGAAAAUAUUUAUCCCCAAGCAAAAGCCUGUACAGUCUUACACAGAAGAAAAAUUUUCUCUGGAUCCAGAACUGGAGGAAGCCUUGACUAGUGCCACAGACACAGAAUUAGGUGACCUCGCAGCUAUACUGGGAAUGUCUAACUUGAUAACAAACAAUCAGUUCUGUGAUGUAGUAGGAAGCAGUAAUGGGGUUGACAAAGACAGCUUCUCAAAUAUAGUAAAAGGUGAAAAAAUGUUGCCUGUUUUUGAUGAACCGCCAAAUCCCACAAAUGUGGAGGAGACACUGCAAAGGAUUAAAGAUAAUGAUUCACGUCUUGUUGAAGUUAAUCUAAAUAACAUUAAGAACAUACCAAUUCCAACGCUGAAAGAAUUUGCAAAAGCCCUAGAAACCAACACGCAUGUGAAGAAUUUUAGCCUUGCAGCCACCCGAAGCAAUGAUCCUGUCGCUGUUGCUCUUGCAGAUAUGCUGAGAGUAAACAAAAAAUUAAAAAGUUUAAAUAUAGAAUCAAACUUCAUCACUGGAGUUGGAAUUCUGGCACUGGUCGAUGCACUGAAAGACAAUGAAACAUUGACAGAGAUCAAAAUUGAUAAUCAGAGGCAGCAGCUGGGCACUGUUGCAGAAGUAGAAAUUGCCAAGAUGCUUGAAGAAAACACCAAGAUCCUCAAAUUUGGAUACCACUUCACGCAACAGGGACCUCGAGCCAGGGCAGCUGCAGCUAUCACCAAAAAUAAUGAUUUGGUUCGCAAGAGAAGGGUUGAAGGAGACAACUAGCAGAUCUUGUUAACAGAACUGUGGAAAUUUCAAGGGUCGCCAGGGCACGGUCAUCACCGUCUGCUUUGGCAAUCUUGGACUACACUUACCUGGGUUAGAAGGGAAAAGACUGGAAAACUCCAUUCCUUUUAAAGCGAAGCUAUAUUAAUAAUCUGCUGGUAUGCAUCACGUUUUUCAGAUUGAGACACAGUAACUGCACCAGUCUUUGUACCAUAGUUUUUGAUUGUUUUUUUAAGAACUUUUUUGUAUUUCAAGGCUUUGGCUGUGCUUUCUGCUAAAAAUAUAAUUGCAAAUCAAUGGUAUAAUUGUCUGUAGUCAAAGAAUGGGACAUUCAAGAUCGUUUGGCAGAUAAUGACCCAAUUGAAAUGUUUGUUAGAAAAUCUGGGGGUGCUUAUUUACAUGGAGGGGUGUGUAUAUUCUUGAAAACAAUGUGUUAGUGAUAAGGGAUUCUUCACACAACAGUUGGACUCAUUGUCUAGAGCUGUUCAGCCUUGUUCAUAUGCACUGAUGAGAAAUCUUUCACAGCUAUCUUAUUUUUAAUUCUACUUUUUUUAAAAGUUUUAUUAGUUCUUGAUACUGUGAUUAAGUUUAAGACAUCCUUUAAACCAAACAAAAAUAAAUUGGCUAAGGACUUCUCCCAAGAGGUUUGAGGGACUAAUAAAAAAACAGAACCCUUGGGUGGGGAGGGAAAGGUGUAGGAGCCUUGCAAAAGGACAGUUUUUCUUUUGCACCUAAAGCUUUAAAGUCUUUUUCAAAAGGUCCCAUAACCGUAUCUUGUUCUGUAUCUAAACUGGAUAUGUUUUUAGGCUGAUUUCAUGUGUUCAUUAGCAUUAUUUAGUUUAUAUUCUUUGUUUAAAAAUCCUUACCUACGUUGAUAAGUAUCCACUUCUCUAGAAGUAGUGGACAUGCAUUUUUUUAUAUUACUAUAUAGUCCUGUACAGAAAAAGAAGCCUUAACUGUAAAACCACUGUUGAAAGAUGCUGGCAAAUGGAAAAUCCUUUUUUUCAGGCUGUUGCAUUAAGCUAUUAGUACUUCAUAUCAAUCUAUCAUUUUUUAAAUAAAGCAAUGAAGUAACACUUUUAAGAAAGGAUUUUUCUGUUGUGCUUAUGUCUUGCUGUUGAAACACUACAUAAAGUGUGAAGAAAUUAAUAUGCAGUGUCAAAUCUGUAAGGUGUAGUAAUUAUUAAAGUAUUUAAAGUUCUGUAUCUAAGAAAACUAACAAAGCAACAAGAAUCACUUCAACUUCUGUACAUAAUCACAGUAGACUUCUUUUGAAAUAAUAUGAAUAUCUAGAGGUUUUUUGGUGUAGGUCUGUUUGGACUAUACUGUACAAAGUUUGCUCAAUGUUGUCAUGAGACCACAAAAAUGUUCCAAAGGACUGCUUGGCUAUAUUCAGAGCAACAGAGAAUUCAAAUGACAACUGUUUUCAUCGAAGGAUCAUAAUAUGGUGAGCAUUUUAUGUAUAGAAUACAUAUUGGACUGAGAUUUUUGCAUCAGGUUCUAUAUGCUAUAAAAAUUUCACAGAGCAGCUCUCUCGAUGCUGUGCCCACGUCGUAAUUUGCUGCAAAUCUGAUUUUGGACCUUUAAAGACAGGCUUUAUUCCGGAGGUGACUUUGGAUUUUACUGCAACUGUUCAGAGAAUUUUAAACUAUGGUGCCUUCAGUGCGAAUGUACAUAACUGGUUUAUGCUUGUGGAAGAAUGUUUUUUUCCCCCCGUUUUCAAAAUCAGCCUUUUAUUAUAAUUACAAAUGAAUGUGUUAACAGAAUUCUGACUUGUUUUUCAGACAAAACCAAAGACUAUACGUACUGUAACACUGACAAAACUAGAAUGAUCUCACUAGUAAGGAAAAGGGCUUCUUUUGGGUUUUGUCAAUUUUCAAGAACUUUUUAGAUUCUGAAAUUUAACUUCUGAUACAGUAUGCAUAAAGUCACAAGUUGAGUGUCUUUUUAAAGACAGUGCUGCAUAAACAUGGCCAAAGCAUGUCACGUGCUGAGUUGCCUAAACCUUUAUUUUUUAUUUGCUAAGCACCGUAAUAAUCUUGUGUCAAAAAACCAGGCUGUACAAACAAAUGUCUUCAUUUGUUGAAGGGCUGCAUGUUCAUGGAAUCUGUUCAUGUAUUGUGAUUCUGUGAUGAUUUAUUUUAUCAUAAUCUAACAAUAUUGGGCAGUGAGCUCCUACCUGAUGGAGAAUAAUGACAGGCUGGAUUAUGGAAAUGAUAGCUGAAAUCCCUGCCUGCCUUUGUUAAAUCAAGUUUAGCUGCUUAAUGAUUUCUAUUCCAAAGGCAGGGGCUUUGGUUUGACUCUCAGGUGCCCUGUCACAGGUGGUACCCGUGGACAUCAAUAUCUGGUUUAACUCUGCAGACAGAAGCUAAAUCUGUGACCGUAUGUCGGCACGUCCAGGACAGGUAUCUACUACCAGAGAGAACUGGGGCUACUUUCAACCAGAAGCAUUUGGGCCUCCACAUUGUUGCAAGACGAGGCAUCGUGCAUGGAACAGUUAAUAACAGUCACUUUUGCGCCUCCAGUGUGUAUCCUUUUUGGAAUAAAUGAAGGAAUUCUGUCUGUAGACGGGAAUCACACACGGUCUCAGCAAAGUGAACGCCACUGUAAUGCUGUCAGAUGUAGUGACGUCUUGUGCGUGACUUCAUUGCUUCCGAGUGCAGAAUGGCAUCGCUCUGGUAACCGGCUACCACAAACACAGGGGCUUUUUCCCCAAAAGAGGUGAUGCUUUUGUCAUCCUGAUUAUUUUCCAGGUGUAAUGCAGAAGUCAAACGAACCACGGGUGUUGGUUCUGUUGGUUCCAAGCUCAGCAUGGAAAGGCAGCCUCUCUCCCAAAGCAAACUCUAUUUACUGUUGUAUGUUAAAGAAAUAAGUCAUGUUCUCUCUGCAGCUCGUGCAAUACUGUUUGUAAGCUACAAACGAGCAAGCGUUCAAAUUAAAUUUCCAUUGAGGAAACACGGA